AUGAUUGAUUCUAUACAAAGAACUGGCCUCUAAUCACUAGAGAGUGCUAUUAAGUCUCCUGUCGGUGACCGUGGGGUCUCUUUCCAUUUCACCUCCAAUCCUUAAACUGUUUAAUAUUGUCUUAUUUAUACAAUAGUUGACAAAGGGGUUACGGUGGAGACGACCGGUUAGAAGGAAGUGGACGCUAGGACGAGACAGAUUGUGAGGAAGAACAAAGAGAUGAGAGGCUGAAAACGAAAUACAGGAAUUUAGAGUGGAAUCCUAGAAGACCUUUCCCCAGCACUGAACAUUAAUGAUUGAUUUCAUUGAUCCAUUGAUUGGACUAAAUUCUCAGAAUACCAACUGACAUGGGAAUAACAGAAGAUACAUUCUCAAUAUUUAUCAUCCUUUGAAGUCCCAGAAAAUGUGUUAUGCAGAACAGAUGUAUAAAACUGUUUCUAUACAUCUGUGGUAGAAUUGAAUUCCUAUGAAAUAUUUGCUCUGACCUGAGAUUAUUUGCAGUAUUUCUGUACAAAACUGGCUGAAGUGUCUACGAGAUAAAUAUUAUUUAAUUCCGCACGAUUAAAUUGACAAAAGCCAAAGGUAACACUGGCGAGAAAUGCAGCAGCAGAAAUAUUUGUAAAGAGUAAACUGCAAGAACAAAACGAAGAAGUAUAUUUAGUGAUUUGAGAAGGAAAAUUAUGGAAAAAAGUGAGAAAUUUGAGCAGUUGAUUUUGCCUAAAGACAUAAUAAAAGAGAGCAGAAAAUUGUCAUAUGAUUGUGACAUCUGUCAAAAGUCUUUCUCUGAUAGAGUACAGCUAACUAGGCACAUACGUAUACAUACAGGAGAGAAGCCAUAUUGCUGUGAUGUCUGUGGUAAAUCAUUUUCUCAAAGUAGUCACUUAACAAUACAUGUACGCAUUCAUACAGGAGAGAAGCCAUACGCAUGUGAUAUUUGUGGCAAAUCAUUCUCUGCAAGUAAUGACUUAAGUAUACACAAGCGUAUUCAUACAGGAGAGAGGCCAUAUCACUGUAAUAUCUGUAGUAAAUCAUUCUCUAAAAAUGUUACCUUAACUAGACAUGAACGUAUUCAUACAGGAGAAAAACCGUAUCACUGUGAUAUCUGUGGUAAAUCAUUCUCUGAAAAUGUUAACUUAGUUACCCAUAAACAGAUUCAUUCAGGAGAGAAGCCAUUUCACUGUGAUAUCUGUGGUAAAUUAUUUACUAAAAGUUGUAAUUUGAAUACACACAGACGUACUCAUACAGGAGAGAAACCAUAUCAUUGCGAUAUCUGUGGUAAAUCAUUCUCUGCAAAUAGUGACAGAACUAGACAUGAACGUAUUCAUUCAGGAGAGAAGCCAUAUCACUGUGACAUCUGUGGUAAAUCGUUCUCUGUAAGUUCUCAAGUCGUUGAACACAAACGUAUUCAUACAGGAGAGAAGCCAUAUCAAUGUGAUAUUUGUGAUAAAUCAUUCUCUGUAAAUACUGCCUUAAGUAAACAUAAACGUAUUCAUACAGGGGAGAAGCCAUAUUUGUGUGACAUCUGUGGUAAAUCAUUCUCUUGGGGCAGCAACUUAAAUACACAUGUACGCACUCAUAAAGAAGAUGUUUAUGUCGGUAUAUUUAGUGUUACUAAUUUACAGGCUCCCUCAUUGUCUCAUAACAUAUUACGUGGAAUUCCUAAAUGUCUGCAAACACCCGUGAGCACUUUGAUAUCUGAGGUGUGUACAAGAACAAAACGAAGAAGUGUAUAUGGUGAUUUGAGAAGGAAAAUUAUGGAAAAAAUUGUGAAAUUUGAGCAGUUGAUUUUACCUGGAGACAUGAUAAAAGAGAGCAGAAGAUUGUCAUAUGAUUGUGACAUCUGUCAAAAAUCUUUCUCUGAAAGAAGACAGCUAACUAGGCACAUACGUAUACAUACAGGAGAGAAGCCAUAUCACUGUGAUGUCUGUGGAAAAUCAUUUUCUCAAAGUAGUCACUUAACAAUACAUGUACGUAUUCAUACAGGGGAGAAGCCAUACGCAUGUGAUAUUUGUGGCAAAUCAUUCUCUGCAAGUAACGACUUAAGCACACACAAGCGUAUUCAUACAGGAGAGAGGCCAUAUCACUGUGAUAUCUGUGGUAAAUCAUUCUCUAAAAAUGUUACCUUAACUACACACAAACGUAUUCAUUCAGGAGAGAAACCAUAUCACUGUGAUAUCUGUGGUAAAUCAUUCUCUAAAAAUGUUACCUUAACUAUACAUAAACAUAUCCAUACAGGAGAGAAGCCAUAUCGCUGUGAUAUCUGUGGUAAAUCAUUCUCUGCAAAUAGUGACAGAACUAGACAUGAACGUAUUCAUUCAGGAGAGAAGCCGUAUCACUGUGACAUUUGUGGUAAAUCGUUCUCUGUAAGUUCUCAAGUCGUUGAACACAAACGUAUUCAUACAGGAGAGAAGCCAUAUCACUGUGUUACCUGUGAUAAAUCAUUCACUGUAAAUAGUGCCUUAACUAAACACAAACGUAUUCAUACAGGGGAGAAACCAUAUUUGUGUGAUAUCUGUGGUAAAUCAUUCUCCCGGAGCAGCAACUUAAAUACGCAUGUACGUAUUCAUAAAGAAGUUUUCAAAGCAGUCGUUUAUCCUAUGUACAGCUCUCUCAAUGUUUGCAAGGAAAAUAUUUUGUUGGGACAGAAGCAAACAUCAAUUGCUGAAGAAAUUGAAGUGAAACAUAGACAGCCAACAACCAGUAUAAAUAAUAAUGAUACUGAGUGUGAUGAAAGUGGGUCUGGCUCUGCGGAAGUCCUACGGAUAUUCACUGAGGAGAAAGCAGGAUUCAAUGUGUUAGAGAAACUCGGUGGAAGUAAAGAAUAUGCACACCACCGUAACCCUAACCUUAAACGCUGGGUGUGCGUACUCUUAUCUUCGCCGAAAACUCAUAAUUUCUAUUACUUUAGACGUAUUCGAAAAGAAAAAAUUAUGGAAAAAAGUGAGAAUCCUGAGGAAUUAAUUCUUCCUCAAGACAUGAUAAAAGACAACAGAAAAUUAUCAUAUGACUGUGAUAUCUGUAAAAUGUCAUUCUCUCGCAAAAGUAACUUAACUAUGCAUCAACGUAUGCAUACAGGAGAGAAGCCAUAUCACUGUGAAAUCUGUGGUAAAUCAUUUUUGCGAAGUAGUCACUUAACGAUACACGUACGUAUUCAUACAGGAGAGAAGCCGUAUGCCUGUGACUUUUGUGGUAAAUCAUUCUGUGCAGGUAAUGACUUAGGUACACACAAACGUAUUCAUACUGGAGAGAAGCCUUAUCACUGUGACAUCUGUGGUAAAUCAUUCUCUCAAAGUUUUGCCUUAACUUCUCACAAACGUAUUCAUACAGGAGAGAGGCCAUAUCACUGUGAUAUCUGUGGUAAAUCAUUCUCUCAAAGUUUUGCCUUAACAUCUCACAAACGCAUUCAUACAGGAGAGAAGCCAUAUUACUGUGAUAUCUGUGGUAAAUCAUUCUCUAAAAAUGCCACCUUAACUACACACAAACGUAUUCAUACAGGGGAGAAACCAUAUUACUGUGAGGUCUGUGGUAAAUCAUUCUCUAAAAAUAUUUCCUUAACUACACACAAGCGUAUUCAUACAGGAGAGAGGCCAUAUCAAUGUGAUAUUUGUGGUAAAUCAUUCUCUGCAAAUAGUGACAGAACUAGACAUGAACGUAUUCAUUCAGGAGAGAAACCAUUUGACUGUAAUAUCUGUGGCAAAUCUUUCUCUCUAAGUUGUCACUUACUUGAACACAAGCGUAUUCAUACAGGAGAGAAGCCAUAUCACUGUGAUAUCUGUGAUAAAUCAUUCUCUGUAAAUAGUGCCUUAACUAAACACAAACGUAUUCAUACAGGGGAGAAGCCAUAUUUGUGUGACAUCUGUGGUAAAUCAUUCUCUCGGAGCAGCAACUUAAAUACACAUGUACGCAUUCAUAAAGAAAUGUAAUUCCAUCAAUGUAAAAAUUUGUUACAAAUAUUUUCAGCUCCAUCUCAAUGCAGUGUUGUCUUGUGUUUCAGUCGGCACAGUAACUAAUCAACUCAGCAAGCUGGCAGAAUUGUUAGCACGCCGGGCGAAAUGCUUAGCGGUAUUUCUUCUGCCACUACAUUCUGAGUUCAAAUUCCACCGAGGUCAACUUUGCCUUUCAUCUUCUCGGGAGUCGAUUAAAUAAGUACCAGUUAUGCACUGGGGUCGAACUAAUCAACUUAAUCCCUUUGUCAGUCCUUGUUUGUCCCUACUAUGUUUAGCCCCAUGUGGGCAAUAAAGAAAUAAAUAAAUAACUAAUCUACUCACUGUGGCUCCUUGUUUUAGGCUGUCAUUUACAGCUGGUGGACCUUCCCUGAUACCAACCCCUUUAGUUUCUUGUUGCAGCUUUGAGGGAUAUGGUUUACUGUCAAAAUUCCUUUGAGUAACAAAAAACAAACACACCCAUCAAUAACUAUAAAUGUAUUCACACAGGAAUGGAUAUACAACUGUGUCUGAUAACAUCCUCCCAUUAUUAUAUUUCAUAUCACCACAACUCUAUCUACAUUGAUGAGAUAUUCAGACCAAUAUUGUUAUAUUUUGGUGGAGUCAUGAUUAAUAAAGUCUAUAAACACACUCA